AUGAAAGGAAAGGCGCAGACUAAGCCACAGCUUAAGCCGAGCACGAAACGGAAACGUCAAAGUGAUGCCAACACAGAUGCAGGGGAGCCGAAGAAAAGGCAGAGGCAUGACUCUGACCAAGCUAUUUCAACACCAAAUCACUCCGAAACCACGUUGAACAAGACUGCACACUCUUUCCCUAGGCCUCACGCUUUAAACCGACUUUCCAAGAUUGCAUUACAACCUCGAGCCAACAACGAAGUGUUGACUGAUGGGGGUGAAAGCAUGCAAGAGCAGAGAAACAGUUUGAUGUUUGCGGAAAACGAAGAUAAGGUUGAAGAUAAUUCUCUCAAAACCCAAUGUGAUGACAAUGGAGGAUGUGAGAAUGAUCUCCUCAAUGCGUCCAUACCACGAUCAUCGCAGGAAGCAGUGAAGGAGAGCCUCAAGCUGAAAGAAGUUGAGGACAUGACUAAUGAAUAUUUUGGGAGGGAGAAUCUUCAUGAGAAAGGCUUAGCCAUAGACGUUUCGAUUGAGAGCAAUGCAGCCCAGAUAUGGCCGCGUUGUGCACGACCUUGUCAGAAUUGUCGGAGUACUCACGUUGCAAUUCCUGGAUCUACUAUAUCUCAAGAUUGCGUCAAGAUAUCGAUGUUCAUCUACAAAGAGCCAGCUUCCGUGACUGACCAGACUAAGCGUCAAAACUCAUUAGUACCCACUGAUGAAUAUGAAUUGGCCGUUCUAGGUUGGCUGAUCUGGUCAACUUACGAGCAUCGGAUGGCCUUGAGGGACGCCACUCUAGGAAUGCAUCCUAAAGGAAAUCGUUGGAAGCACUAUAUCCGCACUGAGCUUGUCCGCUCUGGCAACAAAUCCUGCUGGGACCAUCUUAGCAAGGCCCAAUUUCAAAAUUGGUGGAAUGGGAGGAAGAACUUGAAGAGCUGCAGUGGCAUGCGGUGGCUCAAUGUCACGUUCGAUUGGGACAUGGGAGACACUGAUCUACCCCUUGCGAGUUUUGGGUCCAUGGGGCGCCUUUUUAGUCUCCCACAAGCGAAACUUUCUCAUGGCAUAUGCUCAAAAACCCCUACCGAUAAAAGAGUAAAGCCACCGACCGAGAAUCAGAGCGGAUGUGUCGAAGUCGCUGAAGGCAUUCAAGAUAACAAGUCUAGUCACGGAGACGAUGACACUGGUGACAGAGACUCAAAGGUAGACACAGCCACUGCGGAGGACAAGGAAGCCAAACACGGUGUUGAAAAGCUAGGUGUCGGCGACCUGGAAAAGGCCGAAGGUCAGAGCAGCCGAACCGGCUCUACGAUUCAUCAGUUCCGGGAAAAGUCUCCGUCCAGCAGUGACACCAGUAGCCAAGGGGAUGACGACGAUUUCAUGUGA